AUGGUCUCCACCGCAUUCACGCCUCCUUACAGUGACCUGGCGGAUGAGGACGCAGACCCAGUGCCGUACGAGCAGAAGAGAAGGACGCCAUUGGAUAACAGAGGAGCAGAAGAUGCGGAAGAAUGCCGGAGUCGUGGGAUACAGUCCUGCGCAUACUGGAAGCAGGGUCCACCCUCGACUAUGAAACAUACCAGUGAGCUCAGUGCCAAGGACCUGGUAUGCAAUUCCAUUCAUGCUUAUUAA